AUGCCGUCCGCGAUUGAAACCACUGCCAUCUCGACUCAGCUGUUGCUGAAGGGAGACAAAAGCCAUUCGCAUUCGGCCUGGAAGGCCCUGAUACAUCCCCGUGCCGAUGAGACUUGCCAUGAAAAUGAUGACUAUUUCCUGCAACACUGGCCAUUUUCUUCCGAGAAGAGCCGAGAAACCUUUGUCAAUGCCGGCUUCGGUCGAGUCACUAGCCUCUACUUCCCGCUGCCGCGCGAUGACCGUAUUAUCUUUGCGUGCAAGCUGUUAACAAUCCUGUUCCUCAUUGAUGGUGUCCAUGAGGAAGAUAUCCUGGAAGAUAUGUCCUUGGAGGACGGAGAGGCGUACAAUGCCCAUCUGAUGCCCCUCAUGCGGGGAGAUGUGCUCCCGAACCGUAAGGGCUCUCUUGCUAUGAUUUUCGUGAAGUACGCCAGAACAGAAACUGACUGCGGUAUGAGAGAGACAGGCAAUAUCCCCGUCGAGUUUAUGAUGUACGACCUUUGGGAGGAGAUGCGCGCUGCGAGCCCGAUCCUGGCGGACGGGAUUCUCGAGCCCACCUUCACCUUCAUGCGCGCGCAGACGGACAAGACCCGUAUUUCGAUCAAGGAGCUGGGUCACUACCUUGUCUACCGGGAGCGGGAUGUGGGGAAGGCUCUCCUGUCAGCGCUCAUGCGAUUCACCAUGGACCUCGAGCUGACGCCCGAGGAGCAGGCGGCAAUGGUGGCACUCGAGCGCAACUGUUCGAAGCAGAUCUCGGUGGUGAAUGAUAUCUGGAGCUGGGAGAAAGAAGUGCUGGCUGAAGCAACUAAUCUAGACAUCGCGGCGACGAAGCGGCUGCUUCAGGCCAUGGUCAAAGAGUGGAAUCAGGUUCACGAUCGGCUCACGGCGGAACAAGUCGCGGUGGGAUGUCGGCCGGCCGUCAAGCUCUAUAUGAAGGGGCUGGAAUACCAGAUGAGCGGCAAUGAGAUGUGGAGUCGGACGACCCUGCGCUAUGUUGAUAAAGAGGCAACCGGUGUUUAG